CUGCCUGGCUUUUUGUGUGUGCGUGCGUGUGUAGGAGGCGCUUCACUGGCGCGACCCAGACGUGUCACACUCGGUCCCCUCUGCAGCAAAGGGUGACGAUAUCUAAUGACUAGAUGAUGCAGAAACGACCGUAAUACGAGGAACGAGAGAAUGCGUUGGGUCAGACACGAGAUGAGGAAAAAGAGCAGGCACAUGGAUGAGGAGAGCUGAUUGGGGUCAAAAGAAAAAGCGAAUUGGAAACCCAGAAUGCUCCGAGGCAACGCACCCAACGAAGACGAGGCAGAGGGGUUCCUUCCUUGCCCAAAACUCAGGAUGCGCCUUCCGAUUCCAACUCUGACGGCAGUCGCGAUAUGGUCAUGCAACGUCACUAUCACUCUGGAAUGCUCACUUCUGGGCCUGUUUCCGCGCGUCAUCUUGGCCUGCAGUCGUGGUGGUCUGCCAUCAAGUCAGACUGCAAAUAGAGCAGCUCAGAACUGGAGCCGAGUUCCCGGUCACAAUGUUGAGAGUGCGCAACAGCAUACGGACGGACGAUUUGCGGUGGGAUAGUCGAGGCUGCAAAAGUCCGCCGGCAGUACAGGGCACAUGAUCAAGCACGAGGUAUGUAUGCUGGAACAAGGAGACGAGAUGAGCGUCUUGUGCAUGGCCAUGGUUGCAUGCCGUGGCAGUGAGUCGACUCUCAAGUGAUGCACUGUGCUUUGGGAGCAAUAACUUUCACGUGAUGAGCACGUCAAACGCCUUUCUCAGCAGACAAGCAAGAGCAGCA